AUGCAGGGACUGAGAGAGUCGGCUUUCCUGCCGACGAUCAAAUGUUCGUCAUGCGGCUUGCAGGUCGAGAUCUCCCUGAUGGGAGAGCACGUGUGUUCUGGGCCGGCCGUCGAAUUAUCACCACCUCCCGAUAGCAACGAUAAGUUUGACGAUCCGCUCCCCAGGCCGCUGCAGACAGACAAGCUAGGCCGUAUGCCUAGUCCGGUUGACAUAGGCGCAGCAAAUAAAGCGUACAUGGUACCGGCACCGUUGACGCCGGUGAGCCAAUACGGGGGAUCGCGCAGCGUUUCUCCAAUGACGCCAAACAGACCAUCCUUUGCUGAUCAAGCGAGAGACUUCUUCUCAUUUGGCGGCGCCAAAAUAGAGGAACCAACAAAGAUACCCGAAAAGCCCCAGCAACCUGACAUCAAUGGGCACCGCAGCUCAAAAAGCAUGGCUACCCCUGCCCCCACAAAGCCUCUUGGGUUCAUGGAGCGUAUGAAUACCAUUGCCCCAGGCCCCUUUGACACUAACCAACGACCGUCAACUUCACAUGGUGCCUUUCCAACAAGAAAGGAAUCAGUAACCAAAUUCGACGCCGUUUUGCUGGAAGAGCCUGGGCGAAUCCCUGAGCGACCUGGCACAAGUCAUUCCAACUUGUCCACAGGAAGCGGUAAUAAUAUUCCGUCAACUCCGAAGCAGCCCCGGAAGAAUGGAUACGAAGGAUUCGGGGCGCCGUCUGGGCGCCAGCUGGAUCCCAACGCCAUGGCGCCCCCGAUGAGAGCUGAAACCUUUCCUAGGCCCUCACCAGGUGUAGGAGAAACCCCACGACGACCAUCUUAUGCGAGCCCAAUGUCUCACAACCGAAUGCCUUCCAUGGGAGCUGCAGAUGCAGAGCGACGGCCAUCUUUGGGGCCUGAUACAUCGAGGCGCCCGCCACCACGUAAAAGCCUUAUUCCUCAACAUUUACCUACGGAGUCCCUCAACCUGGCCGCUGAAUUCGGCUCCAGCAACCCCUAUCAUACGGCGUCUGAUUCCUCAUCCUCGGGGUAUUCAACCUUUAGCAACCAGAGCCAAACCACCUCACAGACGAGCCCGGCAAGAUCACAGCCACGUAACAGCAUCCCCGACGCGCUUAGAGUAAGGGCUAUGCCUGGUGGACUACAGACGGCCGCAGAGAAGCCGCGGCCUGCAGAUCUUCGACUCGACCCAGCAGCUGAUAUUCCGCUUCCUGCUCGGUCUCCGGUACCGCGAUCGCCAUACCUCAUACCCGAGGGAGAAGAAGAGCGUUAUGACCCAGCUAUCCAACCUGGCAUUGGUCAACCAGCGUUUAAGCCAUACAGGGCGUUUAGUCCAGCCCCGGAACCAAAGUCUGAGCCUGAGCCCGAGCCCGAGCUAGACUUGGGACCUAGAAACGAAAGCUCUCCGAGGCAGUCUCCAAGGCAAACUCUUCCUGCACAGACUCCUCCUAGACAUUUUACUCCUAGACAGUCUACCCCAAGACAGUCUACUCCACUACAGCCCUCUUCUAGACGGUCAAUUCCCAUGCAACCCUCUCCCAGGCAGUCAACUCCAGUGCAGCCCUCUCCGAGGCAGUCAACUCCUCGACAAUCACCUCCGAGAGAAUCAUCUUUGAGACAAUCUCAAUCUGCACCGAAAGAAUCUCCUCGCAAGUCAUCUAGAGACCUCAAAGGAUCAAAGGACCUCAAGCUUCCGUCCCGAGGCGACUGCAAGGCUUGUGGAGAGCCCAUUACCGGAAAAAGUGUUUCGUCCGCCGAUGGGAGAUUGACUGGAAGAUACCACAAGGCUUGCUUUGUCUGCACCACUUGCUCGAACCCAUUUACUUCUGCCGAGUUUUACGUUUUGGAUGAUAAGCCUUACUGCGAGCAGCACUACCACAAGCUGAAUGGCAGCUUGUGUGGAAGCUGUGGGGUCGGUAUCGAAGGGCAAUUUGUUGAAGAUGAGUCUCGUGUCAAGCAUCACGUAGGAUGCUUCUGCUGCCUUGAUUGCGGCGUGCCGCUUUCUGACGGCUACUUUGAAGUCGAUGGCAAGGCCUAUUGCGAGCGAGAUGCCGUGAGAAGGACACGGCCGCCACCGCCUGCUCCUUACCCCCGAGGUCCAGGCAGAGGCGGAUACGGAGGUCCGGGUCCACGACCUUACGGCGGACCACCUGGACCACCUGGUCGAAUGGGCCCAGGAGGACCGGGACCUCGACCGGGCUACGGUCCUCCUGGCCUGCCGAGAGGACCAGGACCGUAUGGUGGGCCCCCACCAGGCCGACUCGGACCCGGCAUGGGACCCGGCAUGGGACCCGGCAUGAGGCCUGGCAUGGGACCAGGCAUGGGACCCGGUUUGGGCCCACUACCUAAGAUGAACAAGAGGAUGACGCGCCUGGGCAUGAUGUAA